CUCGGCGUGUGUAUGCGUGUCAUUUUCCCCCGAUUCCGAUUUGUUUAGUUUUUGUUAGCCGAAAAUGGACAAACUAAAUGAAAAUGCCCGCGAGCGGAAGCAGAUCAAGCUGGGAGAGAUCGACACAAGCCCCAUCCUGGUGGCCCUGCUACUGGUCUUCAUUGCCGUCGCCAUCUUUGUCAUCUUUAGACGCCGCUCGGCUGGCCGCAAGGACUUCCUUCUCACCGGACUGAGUGAGUCCGGCAAAAGUGCCAUAUUCAUGCAGCUGCUCCACGGCAAGUUCCCGACCACCUUCACCUCCAUUAAGGAAAAUGUAGGCGACUACCAAGCAGGCAGCUCGACAGCCAGGCUAGUGGACAUUCCCGGCCACUACCGGGUGCGAGACAAGUGCUUCGAGCUGUACAAGCACCGCGCUAAAGGCAUUGUCUUCGUGGUGGACUCGGUAACGGUCCAGAAGGACAUUCGCGAUGUGGCUGAUUCCCUGUAUACCAUUCUUGCGGACAGUGCCACUCAGCCCAGCUCCGUCCUGGUGCUCUGCAACAAGCAGGAUCAGACCACUGCAAAGAGCGCACAGGUUAUCAAGAGUCUGCUGGAGAAGGAGCUGAACACAGUGCGCGACACCAGGAGCCGCAAGCUGCAGUCCGUGGGCGACGACGACGUAAAUAAACCCAUCACCCUGGGCAAGCCGGGACGCGACUUUGAGUUCUCACACAUCACACAGAAUAUUCAGUUUGUGGAGGCCUCCGCCAAGGACUCUGAGCUGAAUCCGCUCACCGACUGGCUGGCUCGCCUGCUGUGAGCAGCUCUCCUUCCUCUCCAGCCAGGACUGAGAACUAAAUUGAAUCCUAAACGAACGAAAGCGGAACACAAACAUAUUGAUAUUUAUUUAAUUGCUUAGUUCAUUUGUCGUCUAUGUACAUAUAUGCAAUGCUUAUAUGUAUUGCCAGAAUAUGAAAACGAGCAUUGUUAAAAACCAUUUCCCCCAACCUUUGCUUCCUUCCAACUUUCCCCGGCUAUUUUUAGGUUAUUAUGCAAAUUUUUAUACCUUUUAGCAUUUAUUUUCUGCUAGAUUUUUGAUUAAGAAUCAUGUAUCAAAACGAUUUAUAAAAGGAAAACCAUCUAA